AAAAAAUCUAUUUCUAAUAACAUCACAAAGCAUGUAUAAAUGACCUAAUUCUAUACCUAAAAUCUUAAACCGUUAUCAUAUAAAGAAAGCUAAAUAUCAUAAUAUGUCGAAUCAAUCGGGUCGUUCCUGGUACCGUUUCUCUAGCGUCGUCCGGCAAACACAACACUCUUCACGCGACCCGUCUCCUCCCCGACACGUCAUCAAACCACCACCAUCUCCGCCUGCUCCGCCUUCACCUCCUCCGCCGCCUCAACCUUUGUCCGCACCAUUACGUCCACCACCGAAACAAGUCCAAGAGGCUAAACCUAGUCCGGUUACAUCUUCACGGUCUAUGAAACAUGAACCCACUAAGCCUAGGCACGAGGAAGAGGUCACUCAUCAGAAAAGCAUACUUUCGGACAAAACAAACCUCGUACACAGUCCAAACAAGGAGCAGCAACAUGAGUCUGAAGAUGUCAUCAUGGACACACAAGGCCUCAUAACCAUCUCAGGUGAAAACAAAGGAGCUGUGAUGGAGAUACAACGGUCACCGAGAAAGACACAUGGCAAUGGAAAUAGGUCAAACAAUUCAAAGAAGCAUAACGAUAAUAUUGGUGGAUAUCGACCGAUGGAUGGUUUUGUGAACAGUAACGUUCAGAUAGUAAAUGGCUCUGUCGUCUACAACUCGUCGGAGACUCAUCAUGAUCCUGGCGUUCAUCUUAGCCUCUAUUGGAAACCUAGCUCUGGUAAUGGUUUUAUCGUCAAAGACCAUGGCAACGGCUACAACAGCUCAAUCAACUAAAUCUAUUAAGAAAAAAUAUUGACGAAAACUUUAAACGACUUACCCUAUUGAUACGUUAUGAUUGUCAUAAACAAUAAUUAUUUUUUAUUAUUUCUGCAUUUCUAAUAAUUUGAUAUAAUACUUAUUUGUUUAUUCUGGUCCAUGUAGAUAAUGUGAGAGUUUUCAUUGAUAAGCCUAUGUAUUAUGUAAUCUGUAAGUGGUGUUGGGUUUUCAGUGAAGUAUCCAUGUACAAAGUUAAAUAUGACAAGUCAUUUGUGU